GAAGGAGGUGCCUGGUCGUGAUGCUCAGAGCGAUGUUGAUAUGGAUGCCGAUGCUGAUGCCGAGGAUGGAGGGAAGAAGCAGAAGAAGAAGAAGGAGAAAAAGAAGAAGAAGAAGGAUCAGUCGACGGCUGGCGAUUCAGCGAGUGAUGCGUCCCCGAAGAUUCAUGAAACUCCUAUUCUCUCCUACCUGAGUCUUUACUACAAAUAUCGGUCAGCGUGGAAGUUUCAGAAGAACCGCGAAACACAUCUCUUUAAACAUGUUCUUUCGUUGGAACAAGUGCCGACCCAGUACAAUGCUGCUCUACUUGUGUAUCUUCAGGGCUUGAAGAGUGAAGGUGCUAAGCAGCGGUUACGUGAGAUUGCUGAGGAAGCUGUGAAGGCAGAGAUCGAGGAGGGUUCAUCCGAUGAUAAGGAAGAAAGCACCGCGGACGAGUCUGCGGAACAUGUACCGUCUGAGAAGGAGAACUAUGACAACGCUCUUGGCGCUUUCAGGGAGUGUUUGUCCCAAGGCAAACAAGAUGAGCUGAAUACGACUGUAUCUACAGAAAAGCUGGGAGGCGAUGCGUUGAAGAAGCUUGAAAUGAGACAGCGAGCGGAACUCGUCUUGUAUGCAGUCAAUGGCACACUCUUCAACUUCCAGAAGCCAAAGUCUCCUGCACAGAAAGGAAAGGGCGCGAAGAACCAGAACCAAGCAAAUAAGAAGAAGAAGAAGAAGAACCGGACUGCUAUUGUGGAAAUAUCAAGCAGCAGUGAAAGUGAAAGCUCUAGUGACAGCGACGGCGACAGCGACGAUGAUGCUGCAACUAGCAAAAAGGAGAACGUGAAACCCAGGGAUUCAUCUUCUGAUUCGAGCAGUGACAGCGACUCUGAAAGCACAAGCUCAAGUGAUUCGUCAUCGUCAUCUUCUUCCUCUUCUUGAAUUUUCAUCGCGUAGGUUGUUCGGGCCUAUUUACUCGUCCUUUCUCCUACGCUUUUGCUCGAGGUGGUUAUCUUGGAGACCAUGCUCGCACUGUGUCGCAUGUUCAAAAAAAGUUCACAAGGAUUAUAUUCGAGAAGUCUUUAGCGAGAAGUUGGAUACCUGGUCUAGGCAUAUGAAGGAGUUCGUCAAACUGGUGGCAUGAUUCACCUGUUGUUAGUUGCCAUGUAUACCCGUUAUAUAC